CGCCUGCACCGCCGCCACAGCCGCGACCGAUUGAUAGGACUUUGCGCGACUGCCUGUGCCCGACUGUAUAAUACACGGGCCUGCAGGAGAGCGAAAAACCGCGAGUGGCAUCGGCGCGACAUAUUAGCGUUUUUUAUAAGCGCCUGACGCAACAGCAACUGCAAAAACAAACAAAACCAAAAACAAACAAGACGACGUAAAGCGAUUUUACAGAUUACUGACAAUUACGCUUCUAAGAGAGAGGACAUUGUUGUAUACAAGAGGGAAAAAAACACGGUGUGCGUGCGGUUCUUCGAUAAAUAUCCAUAGUACACGAGUGGUACGCGCGUGCAAUAUUUCACAAGUUCGCGUAGCAUGCAGCAGUGUGCAUGUAUAUGAGCGCACGAGCAAUUGACCGGGAACAGUGCGAAGUUUAAUAGAGAAACGACUGACUGUAUCGCGCAAGGAGUAUAUAUGUGUUAUAUACACAACAAGUAAACUCGCAGUGUGCAGUGUGGUCGAUAUACGUAUACGAACGGUGUAACAGAUUACGUACGUGUAUUAAUUUUAUUAAUCGAGAACGUACACAUGUAAAAAUUUCGCAAAAGGUUAAAAGGAGUCCGCGUAUUAUAUUCGCGCAGUGUGUUUUCACUUUCGCUCUCGUAAUCUCUACCUUCUCGUCUCUCUCUGUCUCGCUUUAGCUCGCACUCUCCGGCCUCGAGUUUGCGUGUCUCUCUCUGUGUGUGUCCGUGUGUGCAUGUGUGAGAGCGUGUGUGCGAAUUCAAUACAUGGACGGUAGAGACGCAUAGCAGCGAUUGGGCGAGCCUUGCAUGAGCCGCGCUUCGUGUGCGUAUUAUAUAGCCGCCUGAUCCUAAUCACGCAGAGCGCGCGCCAAGUGCCUCACUCAUACAUAUACGUAUGCGAUACACACCUAUAUCUUAAUGCCAUUAAGCACUCACACGGAAACACGUAUGUCGUCCGUUUUGUGUGCGUGAGGCGCUACUCCGAUCUAUUUGUUUUGUGUGUGUGUGUGUGUAUGCGUGUGUGGCUGGUAUCAAGCCAUUAUCAGUGCGCGCGUUGCCGUGUGUUGAAACACCACAGCGCGUAUUAUAUACGGAGAGGUGCGCGCCUCGCCUUGUGUUGGUGAGUCGCUGUUUCGGCGCAGGCACACACACAGCCAUUGCCACGUACACGUACAUGGUAAAGACCCACGCUCACAUACAGAAUAGUGGAAUGAUCGGCCAAGCUCGCUAAAACGGAGUUUGCAAAGUGCGAUAAAAGGUGGUGUGUCGGUGUAGUCAUGGCGUAUACGUGUGUGCGUGUAUAAUAUAGGUUAGAAAGCGAUCGGAACGCCGCCUCUGCCGCUUUAUUGCGAAUUUAUCAAGUUUCCUCUCUACCUUGCUCUUUCGUUCUUUUCGCUCUUUUUGUGCAGGCAAAUUUUUCGGACCUCGAGCGGCGGACAGCGCGGCUCGGGGCGUAGCGCGACUUUAUAUAGUCACACACUCCUAAACUCAACGUGUAACUUCUCUUUCUCUGGCGGUGUAGUCACAUAUUAUACCGUCUCGGCUAAUAAUCUCGCUACGCAGAGUAGCGUGCGCCCGCCAAAAGUGCCACAGCGACUGGAGAUAUUCACGAGUCGGAAUAUGACUCUCGCCGUAACAGCCGGCCGCUGCUGCUCUAUUCGAGAAACUGGAGCGUGACGAAAACUGCUCUGCUCUGGAGCCACUCAAGAUUUUUCCCGCUGACCAGUUCGUCAUAGUGGAGCAGGUGGUUGGCCCUGAAGAUGCGUUGACUACGGACAGCGGUGAAGAAGCCACUGUCACCACGACCGGUAGUCAGGCCGACUCCAUCACCACUUUGACGAACAUGUGCACCACGCCCGGCAAUUCUGGCACCGGGUUUGGCUAUGCCACAUGGUCAUUUAGCGGGCACAAUGCCAAUGACAACAGGCAAGAACCGACGAGUCAAAGCGACCAGAUCUCAGCAGGUACUAUAAGUUAUACACAAGUUAAUAAUAAUCAGGACCAAGCAGUCAGUCCAAAAAUUCAUAUUGACGUCAAGUCUAGUAAGAUACAUAAUAGUUCAGGCCAUAGACGAACCAUGUUUGCUAUGAGCGCUGAUGGCUUACAGCCAACCCCGGCAACCACUGCUGGGCAUCAUGUGCACACCAGCACAGCCAGCCACAAUCAGUCCGGUCACGUGUCUCAUGUCAGAUCUAAAAAGAACACUGCUGCAGCCGCUGCUGCUGCUGCGCACCAUGAUGUCUUUACUCUGACUCAUACGUGUGACAAAAGUGGUUGUAAUUGUGAUGCACAUCAUACCACUUCUAUAUUUCCUAAUACUUUGGUUUUUGCAACAGACAAGCAUGGAGCAAUGAGCAAGCACUUUAUGACUCCGAUUGGCCCACUGCAAUUGACUGCUGAAGAAUGCAACGAGAUCCUGAUGAAGAGGGCUGCAGCUGCCUCUACUCAAGUUGUUAGCAGUCAAGCGGACAGUCCUCACUUUAGCCAUGUACUCACCCAUGUAAAUACAGCCCAAAUAGAUACCAAGCAUAACAUCAAGCAACAAAUACAACAAGAACAAACAAGAGUUCCAAAGGAAAGGCCUUACACAUGUCCAGAGUGUGGAAAAUCAUUUCUGCUCAAACAUCAUCUGACGACUCAUGCAAGAGUGCAUACUGGAGAAAGACCUCAUAUUUGUGUACACUGUGGUAAAAGUUUUGCACAUAAACAUUGUCUCCAUACUCACUUACUACUCCAUAGUGCGGAACGUCCCUUCCAAUGUAGAGAAUGUAAAAAAUCAUUCACUUUGAAACAUCAUCUAGUAACGCAUUCAAGGGUACACACUCGUGACCGACCUUUCGUCUGUCCAGAGUGUGGCAAAUCUUUUCCUUUAAAACGCCAUCUGGUAACACACAACAAAUUUCAUACUGGAGAGAGACCUUACGUCUGUGAAGAGUGUGGCGAAUCUUUUGCUCAAAAGGAUCAUUUAACCAUGCAUUCGCGCUUCCACGGUAGCCUGCAUCCAUUUGUUUGCCCAGACUGUGGUAUGAGUUUUCAGAGGAAAUUCGAAUUAGUGAAUCAUGGAAGGUUGCAUGGAAGAAUACCGCAUUCUUGCACAGUCUGUGGAAAAGAAUUUUUGCAGAAACGUACCUUGUUGGCCCACAUGCGACUUCAUACUGGUGAGACACCAUUUGCAUGCACUGUAUGCGGUGAAGCUUUUGGAAGGAAAUCAGACCUGAUAGCCCAUUCAAAGAUACAUAACAGUAGUAAUCCGGAAUCGGAUACUAAACCGUUCACCUGUCGGGAGUGUGGUUUGGAAUUCAAUAACAAGGAAGCUCAAACUUUACAUCUGCGACUUCACUCUGCUGAUAGAACUCUUGUCACUGAUCUUUGUGGACUUGCAGCAUCCUUUCAACAGACCACUGGCCAUUUUUUAACUGCUAAUGCUAGUUCUCAUCAGUUGAAUGGUCCUCUUGGAAGCAGCGUGAGCCACAUGCACGGGGCUACGCAAACAUCGCCGCCAGUUGGUUCCGGCCCUAAGCCAAAGCCCCACCUCUGUCCAGACUGUGGACGAGGUUUUGCGCAAAAGCACGGUUUGUCGCAGCAUCAACGUCGCCACACUGACGGCAGCUGCCACAUAAGGUCUCAUGUGUGCGACAAAUGCGGCAAAGCUUUCUUCCAGAAGAAUCAUUUGCUUCUGCAUCAGCGCCAACACAUGGAUCCACCACCCAGUAUUGUACGGCAACAACAACGCCAAGCAGCACAGGCAGCAGCACAAGCAGCCAGUCAAGGUGUUGGCACAGUUAUCACCAUUGAUGGUUCGCAAGUUUCUCCAGACACUAAAGCAAUUGCAUUGCAGGCAAUCCAACAAGUCCAAAAUCAACAAAUAGAAGCAAAAGUGAUAACGUUACAAGCCAUACAAAGCCACGUCGAUGGUAAACCAAUUGCGUUGCAAGCCAUUCAGCAACCAGGCGAGACCAAAACUAUUCAGCUAGCUAUCCAGCAGCAAGGCAUAGACACCAAAGCUAUAGCUUUGCAUGCUAUUCAACACGCAGCGCAACAGCAACGAGUUCAGCAACAGCAAGCCCAACAACAGCAACAAGAAGCUCAAAGGCAGCAUCAACAAGCUCAGCAGCAAGAAGCUCAAAGACAAGCCCAACAACAACAGCAGCAACAACAACAACAACAACAGCAGCAGCAACAGCAAGAAGCUCAAAGACAGCAGCAGCAGCAGUCAUGUACAGUAGAUAACAAAGCAAUACAGUUGAACGUCACCAUGUGAAACAAUUUUACAAUAUUGAAUCCGAUUGUGAAUAUUGCCGACAAUGUUGAUUGUCAAUACGCUUCCGAAUACGACUUGAGACCAACCAUAUCCGUUGCCACCGUAAAAUCCUCUAUGCAAAACCGUAUUGUACUCUCACUAAAGUAAUAGUUAUAUUGAAAUAUCGAUUAUCUCAAGAUUCUCAAAAUAUAAAGUAACACGUUUAAUUAAAAAAGGACGUUGGUAAUUUAUAAAUACUAUAUAUAGCGUAUAAGCUAAAAUUAAGGCUUGUAACACAACAUAAAAUUACCAUAAUGUAGGGAUCAUACACGUAUAUACAUUAAAAAUAUUGCAUAUUAAAAAUUAAAUGUAUACUUUAGAUACUUAUACAGGUGUGAGAAAAGAGAAAUAUUGUCUGCAAGGCAAAUUGAAAGCAUUUGAAUAAAACCACGUUCGCUACUGUUUAUAGGUAUAA